GAGAUUUUGUUUUAAUUUCAGGAUGGUCAUUUUUGUUUAAAAGGAGUAAAAAAAAACAAUAUUCUGCAGAGGAGCCAACUCUGAGUUGGGCCAUCUGUCAGGAGUAAAACAGAAGUGAUCCACCUUGAUGAAUUUAACAACAUCCACAUGUAAGAUCUCUAACUAAAUGCCUCUUUGCUAACAGCUUUCCUAAAAGCAAUAAAACUGCCAGCUAAAACUAGCAGUUUGUAAGUGUGCAGUGCACACCACAGGAAAGGAUGAGGUUCUAUAAUAAAAAAAAGGUUAGCUGAUCAAAUGUUAAAUAAAAAAAAAACAGCAACAGGAUAACAUAGAACUUGAAACUUUCUAAAAUAAGAUGAAAAAGAACAAAUAAUAGAUACAUUGUUCUAGCUGACAUGCAGGAUAAUGCUCCAACUAGAAAACAAAUUAGAAUAAUUAAUGAGGCAACACUGAAUGAUGAUAAAAUUUUUCAAGUAAAUAAACAAACCUAUUCUACCAAGAUCCUUGACAGACAGCUGCAAUUUUGACACAUGGAUAUUUCUCAAUGUGUCAACAGGGAGGAUUAUUACUAUAUUACUAACAAAUAUGGAUUAAAAAAUUAUGGAUUAAAAAUCUAAUUCUUACUUAAAAUUUUUUUUUUGUACUACAUCAGUGUUAAAAACAAUUCUCAAGGAAACAUGAGACCAAAAAGAGAAAAAUUCCCAAACCUUUCUUAUCCGUUCCAGACAAUGCAUAUGGAUUUAAGUGACCUUCACAAAGUGGGCCUUAUAAAUUGUUUGGUAAUGAUUGAUGCAUUUUCCAAAUGGGUUGAAACAGUCCCAGCAAAGCAUGCAGAUGCUUUGACAGUAGCUAAAGCUAUAUGUAAAACCAUUAUUCCAAUAAAUGGCAUACCAAACUAUUUAUAGUGAGAAUGGACCACAUAUUUUAAACAAGGUUAUACAAAAUAUGGCCACUCAUUAGGAAUAAGAUUGAAAACCGAUCAGUGCAGACCUAAUGAAAGAACAAAUGGAACAGUAAAAAUAGGUUAGUAAAAUAUAUAGAAACAACUAACAGGUUGUGGCCAGAAUGUUUAGAUUUGGUGAAGUUGCACAUGAGAAUUACACCCACACAGGAAGGACUAACACCAUUUGAAAUAAUUCAUGGAAGACCAUAUAGACUACCGAUGUUUUCUGCAGAUUUACAGAAAGCAGAUUAGGAGCAAACAUUGGCAGAUUAGAUGAUUAGGACAGAAAGAGGUGUCAAAUGCAAAUUUACUGCCCUCUGACUCUGCUCUCCCACAGGAAACCCCUCCCAUCAAGCCAGGAGACUGGGUGUAUAUCAAAGUCAUAAAAAGACAGAGCUGGGCCAGUCCACGGUGGGAGGGACCAUUCCAAGUGCUGAUCACCACACCAACUACUGUAAAGAUUGCUGAAAGUCUCAGAUGGAUACAUCUCAGUCACUGUAAGGUACAGAGAGUGUUAGACUUCUAGAAUUGAGUGAGAGGAAGUCGGACUACAAAGGGAAUUUACAAAUUUAGAGGUAAAUUGUCUCAAAGUCCGUGAAGCAAUCAACAGAUUCUCACUCUUUUAGCCUAGAAGUUUUGACAUCUCUGUAUUCUGAGCAGCAAUGGGGUCUCCACAUGCCAGGUGGAUCCUCUACUGUGUUGUGACUGCAGCAUGUCAACUGUUUUGCAGAGGGAGUGAUCUCACUCUCAACAGGAUAAGGAGAGAAGCAGACAUAUCCUCCCUCUAGACUCAUCCACAUGACUACAGCACCAACUUGUGAUGGCAACUGAUGAACAGGACUGCAUAUGAGGGAAAUGAGACCAACUGCUAUGUGUGUGCACAGCUACCCUACUCCACACACAACUUUGGUCUGAGACCUGGAAACAUAACCAAACAACAACAACUUUGUGACACCAUGCCCCUGCUACAGAUGAACCUCCGACUACCAGAAGUAAUCACUUUGGCAGACUUUUCCAACUGUGACGCCUUCCAAGCGAUGAACCACGCCAGCACUGGCUGUUCCAAAAGAUGGAAGUCUGACCACAGUUAUACCAGAGUUAACCUUCUCAAGGUGAGGAAAUUCGAUAUCGACAGCAAGACCAGAGGACGUCAAAACUUCACUUUCUGCAGCACCAUCGUUCCAGGGAACAGAGGAACCAGGACAAUGGCAGACUGGUACUUUCUGCAUACUUAUGCUUCUCUUCCCAGGAACUGGGGAGAACUGUGCACCUUGGUUCCUCUCUCCAGCCCAGUGACUUUCCUGAAAAGGCUCCGGACGCUCACAGCCAUGGACACUACCGCACUAGAAGAGACAUCAUGCCGAAAGUCCAAAGAUGGGGAGGUCUUACUACGAACUCUGGAGUUCCUUGGAAAUUCAAGAUCUAGGGCGCGGAGAGAAGCUUAUGCAAAGCCUAUUCCCAUGGGUGGGAGUAGCUGAAGUUCAUGAUCACGUUGAGAUCAACAGGUACGCCUUGCUGCGCCUCAUCAACAACACAUACCAGCUAGCUAACGGCACUGCAAAAGAGCUGACCAUGUUGAGAAACAUGGUUCUGCAAAACCGUGUUGUGUUAGACUUUCUCACAGCCUCUCAAGGAGGUGUCUGCAAGAUCAUAGGAUCAGCAUGCUGCACAUUCAUCCCUGAUGAAACAGGAACUGGAGGAACUAUUCAUGAUGCCCUACAUGAAUUGGAAGAGCUUCAGGACUAUGUGAACAGUGCAACUCAGGGGUCACAACCCUUUGACUUUGUUUCUUGGUUCACCUCUGGACCAUGGUGGCAGCUUUUGUUAAAGAUUGGAACACCCAUCUUGACUGUACUGAUCCUAUUCUGUCUUUUUACAACCUGCAUCCUUCCAUGCCUUCGUAGCAUGAUGCUUAAGACAUUCAACACUGCUCUGAUCAGCUAUCAGAUGGUCAGGGUAACCUCUAACACAGAUGAAGACUACAUUUUGCUCCAGAAGAAUGAAGAUGAAAUGAAAAUAACAACAUGUGACAAUGUCCUGUAAUAAAUAAACAGAUUAAAUCAUUUGCUUAAUGACUCCUACACUGAAAAUGUGAAAACAAGUGGUGUUAGUGACGAAAAUAUGCAUUUGGUUUUUGGUUUUCUUUGUUUUCUUUACUGUUUUUCUUAUACAUUAUAUUCCUUUAUAUAUUAAUGUAGUAUGUAUCUGUAUUCUAAAAAAAAAAGAAAAGUGUAAUCAAUUUUCUUUGCUUUUUUUCCUUUUCUUUUCUUAUAUUUUGCAUAAUCUUUAUGUAACAAUGAUAAAAAGGAGGGAAAUGUUAGGAUAAUUAUGUAUUGUUAUCAUUCUUACAUUUGUAGAUUUACUAGUUUGUUUUUCAUUUAUAUGUUUAGUAUUCACACCCUAGAAAGGAGUAGUUGUUAAAUUGUGUGAAAGAUAAAACUUGCUUUCUCCUUAGACCUUGAAACUGCAGCUGCUCUCUAAAUCUAGGGAUACUCCUUAAAGGGCCUGUGUGUUAGUUCCUGUGUUAUCUUUCUCUAUCUUCUUUGAGUUAUUACCUUCACAUUCCAUUCCUGCUCUGUUCUGUAAUAAAAGACUUGUUCUGAUGCAGGGAGUCAGAACGCAUGGUGAACACCUUGGAGAAGUGGUUUGCUAUGUUUUCUCCUUCUGCAGAAGCUUGGUUGAAAACUCAUAAACGUUGUCUGUGG